GUCGCCCACAUGCCAGAGCCCCACUCUCCUGAGCCCAUGCAGCCCCUGCAGUCCCUGCAGCCCCUUACAAACCCUUCAUCCCUGGAGUACCUAAAAACAGCAGCAUUUUUUUGAAGCAGUGAGAAGAAGCUGGAGAUAACGAGCAGCACUUGAACGCAGCAUCAGGCUCCAACUUGCUCACACCGACACAAACACACAACCAGCAGCAACGUCUGUUUGACCAAACUAAAGUCUGCUGCUGCUGCUGAUGCUGUAACCGGUAAUACACAACAAUACAACCCGACACGGAGGAGAUGUUUCUGGGGACAGGAUCACGGUGAGAGAGCCGACCGGAGGAUGUAACUAACACGAGGCGGACCCACACAAAAGGACCCGGAGAGCCGACUAGAGGAGACGAGAGGAGGAGAUGGUGAUGGUGGAGAGAGGAGCAGCUCCACACAGACUCUGAGAUCAACAUUAACUUUGAAACUGGGUUAUAAAACCCUCCAGCAUGUCGGAUCCGAGCCACUGGUCUGCGGUGCCGAACCACAACAAGUCACAUUUUGCUCCUGGAGCUCUGCUGAAGCGAUCAAAAAGCUGUCGCAGCAGCAACAGGAAGAGCCUCGGUAUCGGGACGCCGUCACCCACGCUGUCCCGGCCGCUCUCCCCGCUCUCACUCCACACUGCUGCGAGCAGCCCUCUGGACAGCCCUCGAAAUGUGUCGACCAGUGCCUGCCUCAACUUUCCAUUUGCCCGGAGUCACUUGGCUCGCGCCGACAGAGCUGAAGGCCGGAGAUGGUCCCUGGCAUCCCUCCCCUCGUCUGGCUAUGGAACCAACCCGCCAAGCUCCACUGUCUCGUCCUCCUCGUCCUCCCAGGAGCGUCUUCACCAGCUUCCCUACCAGCCGACUCAAGAUGAGCUGCACUUCCUCUUCAAACACUUCCGCAGCACGGACAGCAUGACUGACGAGGAUGGGCGGCACUCGACGGUCAUACGGCCCCGGUCUCGGAGCCUCAGCCCCGGGCGAUCGAGUGUCUCCUUUGAUAAUGAGAUCGUCAUGAUGAACCAUGUUUACAGAGAACGUUUUCCAAAGGCCACAGCCCAGAUGGAGGAGCGCUUGUUUGAGAUUAUCACCCACUGCUCUCCAGACAGCUCCCUCCCGCUGGCUGACGGGGUGCUGGGAUUCAUCCAGCACCAGUUGGUCGAGCUGGUUAGAGACUGCCUGGACAAGUCCCAGAAAGGCCUGGUUACCUCCCGCUACUUUGCUGAGCUGCAGGAGAAGCUGGAGAAGCUGCUUCACGAGGCCUACGAUCGCUCUGAAAGUGAGGAGGUAUCCAUCAUCAUCCAGCUUGUGAGGAAGAUCCUCAUCAUAAUCUCACGGCCGGCUCGCCUCCUGGAGUGUCUGGAGUUUGACCCGGAGGAGUUUUAUCACUUGCUUGAGGCAGCAGAGGGUCACGCCAAAGUCGGCCAGGGAAUCAAGACGGACAUCCCUCGCUACAUCAUCAGUCAGCUGGGUCUCACACGGGACCCAUUGGAAGACAUGGUACAGCUUGAACAGUAUGAUGCCAGUCCUUCAGUGUCAGUGGAAGCAGAUGCUAAUGUGGAGAAUAAGGCCCCACAAACGCUGACGCCGACUCGAAGGAAACCUUUUGAGAGUGAUUUUGAAACGAUCAAACUCAUCAGUAAUGGAGCUUACGGGGCCGUGUAUCUGGUCCGUCACAAGGAGACACGCCAACGGUUUGCCAUGAAAAAGAUAAAUAGGCAGAACCUGGUCCUGAGGAACCAGAUCCAGCAGGCUUUCGUGGAGCGAGACAUCCUGACGUUUGCAGAGAACCCCUUCGUCGUCUCAAUGUUCUGCUCUUUUGAGACACGACGUCACCUCUGCAUGGUCAUGGAAUACGUGGAAGGUGGAGAUUGUGCCAACCUGCUCAAGAACAUGGGCCCACUGCCUGUAGAAAUGACAAGGCUGUACUUUGCUGAAACAGUCCUGGCCCUGGAGUACCUUCACAACUAUGGUAUUGUGCAUCGGGAUCUCAAACCUGACAAUUUGUUGAUUACAUCCAUGGGCCACAUCAAGCUGACUGACUUCGGCCUGUCUAAAAUUGGCCUGAUGAACAUGACCACUAACAUGUAUGAGGGUCACAUGGAGCAAGACACGAGAGAGUUUAUAGACAAACAGGUGUGUGGCACUCCGGAGUACAUCGCCCCGGAGGUGAUCCUCAGGCAAGGUUAUGGGAAGCCAGUGGACUGGUGGGCGAUGGGAGUCAUCCUGUAUGAAUUCCUGGUCGGCUGCGUUCCUUUCUUUGGAGACACACCUGAAGAGCUUUUUGGACAAGUUGUCAGUGAUGAUAUCAUUUGGCCAGAAGGAGACGAUGCCUUACCAUUUGAUGCCCAGGAUCUGAUCACCCGCUUGCUCAGACAGAGUCCUUUAGACCGACUAGGAACUGGCGGAGCCCCGGAGGUCAAACAGCACCCCUUCUUCAUAGGUUUGGACUGGAAUGGACUCCUGAGGCAGAAAGCUGAAUUCAUCCCUCAGCUGGAGGCGGAGGACGACACCAGCUACUUCGACACCCGUUCAGAGCGUUACCAUCAUUUGGCGUCUGACGAGGAUGAGGAAACAAAUGAUGAAGAGUCUUCCUUGGAAAUCAGACAGUUUUCUUCCUGGUCACAUCGCUUCAGCAAGGUUUACAGCAGCACAGAACAUCUGGCAACGCCGUCCAACUUGAGCUUCUCCUCUGACCGCAGCCACAGUGAGGAGAAGGAGGACCGCGGGGACCUGGGAGGGCUCAGCUCCUCCCUGAGCCCAACAGAGGGCAGCAUGGAGCGCAGACAUGCUGGACGCAUGGCCAGCCUUCGGCCUCGGGCGUCCUCCAGCUCCUCCCAGUCUGAGAGGAGCACCAGUCCUCUGGUGAUGAGCAGCACCCACAGCCUGGAGACGAUGCCCCGCUUUGCCCUCUCCACUGAUGAUGAAGCUGAGGUGGUUGUGUCCAACCUUCGGAGGAUCAGGAUUCGCAGCAACAGCACCGGGGCCAAACACUCAUCCCCCAAGGACCCGGCCGGCCCCCGACGCUUCGGUAACCAGCUGGAGACGCCGGACAGACAGAGGCUUCCCUGUGGAGGGAAGGUUCCCAAGUCAGCCUCCGUCUCAGCCUUAUCUCUCAUCAUCACUACAGACGACUCGCCCGGCGGCCUCCAGCCCAGUCCCAUCUCCCCACGCUCUCUGUCCUCCAACCCAUCGUCCCGUGAUUCCUCCCCCAGCCGGGACGUGUCGCUCAGCCCCUGCAGCCUGAGGCCUCCCAUCGUCAUCCACACCUCAGGGAAGAAGUUCGGCUUCACCCUGCAGGCCAUCCGGGUCUACAUGGGCGACAGCGAUGUCUACACAGUGCAUCACAUGGUGGCGAGUGUGGAGGAGGGCAGCCCUGCUCACCAGGCAGGUCUCCACACUGGAGACCUCAUCACCCACGUGAACGGGGAGUCUGUCCAAGGCCUGGUCCACCCUGAGAUGAUAGAACUGCUACUGAAGAGUGGCACCAAGGUGGCGCUUCAGACCAUAGCACUCGAGAACACGUCGAUCAAAGUGGGUCCAGCUCGAAAGACCAAACACAAAGGGAAGAUGGCUCGUCGCAGCAAGAAGAGCAAGAGGAGAGAUAACUAUGACAGGCGACGAAGCAUCUUGAAGAAGCUGUCCAAGCAGAGCACAGUGAUGCACAGCAGUCGCAGCUUCAACUCAGGUCUCACCCACUCCGUUUCCUCCAGCGAGAGUCUUCCAGGCUCCCCGACACACAGCCUCUCCCCCGGCCCUUCCACACCCUGCCGGAGCCCCGCACCCGACCAUCAGGCCUUGGACAAUAACUCUCCUCAGAGCACAUCUCCUUGCUCCAGCUCUCCCAGUUCCCCCGCUGCACACAUCCGGCCCAGCUCUCUCCACGGCCUGGGCUCCAAACUCAACACGCAGCGCUACACCAAGGUGGGCCGCCGAAAGUCGACCAGCAACAUCCCCCCCUCGCCCUUGGCCUGCAACUCCUCCUCAUCCUCCACCCAGCCUCUUUCUCCACAGCGCUCUCCCUCUCCGCUGUCAGGCUUCGCCAAAACCUUUCACGGCUUCCACGGCAAAACCCUGUCCCCACCCACCAUCGUUAGACACAUUGUCCGGCCCCGCAGUGCCGAGCCGCCUCGGUCUCCUCUCCUGAAGAGGGUACAGUCAGCUGAGAAGCUGUCUGGUGUGUAUCAUGCUGAUAAGAAGUUGUACACCUCCCGCAGGCACACGCUGGAAGUGCCGUUUUACUGUGAGGGGGACCUGCUGGGUGACUUGGAGGCAGAGGGUACCUGGGGAGGCUCCUACUUUGGGGCCGAUCUCAGCAGGUCGGGGGGAUACAUCGGCAGCCAGAGGCUGAGGGAUUCUGGUAUUGAACGAUCGGAGCAGCUGGUCGUGAUGCGAAAGCUCAACCUGUCAGAGCGGCGAGACUCUUUUAAGAAACAGGAGGCGGUGCAGGAGGUGAGCUUUGACGAGCCAGAGGAGAAAACCAGCACCGCGGUUACAGUGACCGCCACAGCUCCAGGAGCCCAAACACAACAGCAGCAGCACAGGACGGCCUGGAUGGUCACUCGACCCCAAAGCAGCGUGGAGGUGGAGCUAGAAGUGCCGGUGGUGAGGAAGUUCACACUGGUGCCCCAGAUCGCCGUGCAGGGCUCAACAGAGAGCGAGCAGGAUGAGUGGGAGCCAUGUUCAGAUGGAGAGGAGACCAACGAGACGCCUGAGCCGGGGGUGGCCGUCACUUCAUCUCAGCCACAACAGGCGGGACGUCCUCUCAGUGACAACAGCUGCAGUCAGGCAGCAGAAACCACCUCCACUGGUCCUCAGGUUGGACCGUCAACAGAGAAGAGUGCAGAGUUCAGAGAGGAAAUAACACAAAAAGGGCAUCUGAGAAAGUGACAACUCGCCACUGCACUCAGUUCAACUGCUCUUAUCUUUUCUUUCAAGUCAAAACUCAUUUGCAAACUCUGGCUGAGAGAAAAGGGGAGAAGAUUUUACUUGAAUUUUUUAAUUGUAAAUAUUUGCCAGAAGGCAUUGCAGACAUUCUGGUCUUAUUUAUUACAUUUGUAAACCACGAUGAGUUAGUAAUGGGGAAAGUGGGAAGUUCUCAUUGGUUUAAUAGCCAAGGCUCUACAUUUUUGUAUCCAUAAAAUGUGGUUUUCUGUCUUUUGACUGGAUUGUUUUUUGUAUAAAUGUCUAUUUUUUGAAUAAAUUGUCUCAGUACAGAUUAGUUUGAUAAAGCUAGGCAUAAUUAGGACCAAAAGGUACGAGAAGUUUUGUUUUUUUAGUGUCAGUUUAGAUUUGAACAGUGCAGCUUCCAGUAGUUUAAUACUGCUAUUAUAUAGAUCUCCAUAAACCUAAGAAUGACCUUUGGUUCACACUGUGAGCAACAUGGUUCAUGUGUCAUUUUCUCAUUAAUUGUCAGGAGUUGUAUCUACAAUAUACAACUACAACACAGAUUUAUUCUUUUUUUGUGGCUUUGCUUCGACACUACAAACUAGAAGAACACGUUAAAGCUACCGAGCACUAAUUAGCAAGUAGGAAAAAAACUGCUCAAGUUUGAUAUUUGCUCAAAACUGAGAAGCUUUGCACAGCUGGGAUUCUUCCACUUUGCACUCGUCAGACAUAGCUAUUGUUCAUGAAACAAUCACAUUGGUGGGGAAAGAAGCAGCGAUGAAUUAAGGUUGUCUGACAGAAGACACACAUAAAAGAAAUUAGUUCUUCUGUGACCCAUGUGUCUCUGACAACUUCGUCAAAUUUGUACAAACAAAAGUUCUUCCAUUCACUUGUUUGUCAUGUUCCUUGCAGUGUGAAUUCAUGGUCGCACAGUGUGGAGCCGGUCAGUGCAGGGUUAUAUUUCACACUCAAAGUACAAUCUGUUAUGAUGAAGCCGACUCCAAAAGGGUAUUAUGUGCCAUUAUGUCAGCGAGUGCAGUGUCCUCUAAGCCAUAUCGUUGAAAAUCAUUUUCGUUGUUUGCAAUUUCAACUCAACAUGAAGAUGUUUCUAAGUAUGCGUUGUUUUCCACUGGUAUUGCAAUCAUAACAUCUCAUGAAAAAUGAAUUUGAGGAAGAAGUCCUGGAUGUUACACAACAGGACACACUCUCCUUUGUUGUUACUCGAUAUAAACUCAGUGUGAUACCAUAUGGUAGAGGUUAUCUCAGAUGUAGUUUUUGUGUUUUCCUGCUCACCUUUUUGUCAUCUGUAAACAGAUUCAGCAUGGCUCUACGUCUCGCUGUAAUAACUUCUACUCAAAGCAUGCAAUUUGCAGGAAAAAAAAACAUUGAGCAGCCAAAUUGAAGUCUACGUCUUCUUCAGAGCUUGAAGGGAAAUAUCUUUUUUGUUUAAAACAUUUUGUUUUUUGGCCUUUUCUUACCUAUAAUAACAAGACAUUUUGUACCUGGAAAAGCGUUUGAUCCUUGUGUAUUUUUUGGAGUAUCUUUUCCUGAAACAGUAGCUUUGUUUUUUUCACAUGAGCAUGUAAGAGACACCAUGCCUACAAGACCUGUUCCUGCUUAAUUUACUGUGUAGUGAUGUUUACAUCGAGGGGAAAAGUGCACUAAUGUAUUUUGCCAUGAAUUUUGUAAGUGAAUGUUAAAGGUAAAUGGCUCCCUUACAUUGAAUCCAAACCCAGGGCUCCUUUGAACAAAUGUUUUAUGUCUUUGUAUUGUACAAAUAUUGAUGUAUAUUUUGAUAACAAAGAUGUGUUUAAUUCCAGAUGUGUUGAAGGACAUGAUAUGCACAAUGACUAAUUGAGGCACCGGGGUUUUGGGAAGUCCGACUCGAGGGAAUGGGCUGUUAGUAUUUUGGAUGUACUUCCCGAGUUUUGAGGUUUAUUGUCUUAUUUGUCAGUGACUGCACCUGGCUUUUGUACCGAUUUUCUCCUUUUGUCUUCUGUUUCUAAAACAUCAUAAUUGUUGAUGUGUUACUUAAAUCCCUCUCUUUUACAGGAUGAGAUUCUGUCGCUGAAUGGCUCAGUUAUUUUUGCAGUCUGACAGAAUUGUUUACAACGAACAAACAAGCUGUGUACUGUACAAACAUUUUCUAUCCUGUGGCUGUAUACUGUACGAUGAAACUACCCUCUUUGAUACCACGAAAGAAAACAACGCUCAUAGAAGUAACAUAUCUGUUUUUGUUUUUGUUCUUUUAAAAAUGUUCAUAAAGAGUAAUUUAGCACCAAGCUGAGAAGCAUUUAGUGUUUUUACAUUCACUUAAGUAACUGGUUUUUGAAAAUAACUGAUGUCAUGUAAAGGAGAAACUCUGUUUUAUUUACUGGACUUUGAGAUGAGAGGAAACCAGGUUAACACAGCUGGAUUCCAGUUGCUGCAGAGGUUUAUAUAAAUAAAAUAAUAGGAUACAAGUCAAACAAACUAAGACAGCAGAUACAAGUGUCACAGUAAGGGACAACUUGUACUCUAAUCUGUGCUAUAGAAAGGCUUCAUAGUUAAAGAAUACAUCAAAGCACAUAAAAUAUGCCAGUCCUACUUUUUGCAGUUCAUGUAUACCUGAUAUCUCCGAAUAACCUGGUUCCUUAUGUGAAUGUAAAUGUAAGCAAUGCUAGAUUGAUCUCUACUGGCUGAAAGCCUGUUUGGCACCUCUAACCUAACAGUGAUGUGACAGCUGUUUGGUUAAAUCAAAAAACUUCAGCCACUGGAGGUCAUCAAAGACUCAGCUGGUGUUAAACUUGCUCUUAAAGAACAAACUGGCAGGUCAAACUGUUGUACAUGUGCAUGUGUUCUCCUGUGGACUCUUCCGUUCAGUGCAUGCUGCAUGAGACAAGCACACAUCUGUACUACUUGAUCGCAUGGUAUACCGGCGUUGUCGCCCUGUACUGUGUUUUCUUGUGCGACAAAUAAAAUUUGUAUUUCUCUUUGACUCAUCCUUAA